AAAACAUUUGAGCUGCCGUCAUUUAAUAAAACAGAAAAACUUCAAAAUAAAAGUAACAGAAAAACUUAGGAAUUUGUAAAUGGAGGAAGAGCUAACCAGCGUCGUUCCAUGUUCUUCCAUCGUCGUUGAAUCGGUCCUUCGUGUCGGAACGGCAGGUGCACUCUGGGGAUUUUGUUCAGCCCCAUAUGAUGCUCGUAAAAAAGGUCUAACCGGCAUUAGUCAAGCCUCAUUUGUGGCAAAAUCUGUUGGCAAAUUCGGCUUCCAAUGCGGACUUGUUGCUGGUAUAUUUGUUAUGACUCGUUGUGGGCUUCAGAGAUAUCGAAAGCAGAAUGACCAGAUAAACACUUUAAUUGCGGGUGCUGUAGCUGGGGCUGCUGUCGCUGCAAGGACAAGAAGCUGGACAAAGAUGAUUGGAAUGGCAUGCAUUGUUUCUGCCUUUAGUGCUGCUGCUGAUUUUUCCAGAACAAAUUGAAUAUCCAGUGGUGAAAUUCCACGUUGGGGAACAAAGUGAUGCUAACUUUCUUACACCAACCAUGAUCUUUAUGGCAUCAGCUAUAUAUUUUUUUUCUUUGCCCUGCACUCUCCACGGAUGUGUUUUGGGAAAUUUCUGAAUAUCUGAUGUUCAUUUCAGAUUAAGCUUACUCUUUAUAACAAUGAAAUGCUUUUUGUUAUUAGUCCUAUGUAGGAUUUUGUUAUAUCCUCAAAGCUUCUAAAGUGGUUCACGCGCAGAGUCAGAUGCUUGUAUUAUUUUCCUUUGCACGUGUAGGCGCAAAAAUCACGCCCCUGAAAUGAAUCAUUGCCAAUGCUAAAUGUUUCUAUUCAAUUUAAAGGUUAACCUACCAUUUCCACUGAAGCUUCAAAAGUGGAGAUAUUGUUUAUAGUUGCAAUUACUUAUCAUUCUUUUAGUUAUUGGGUUUUAUAUAU